AUUUCAAUUUUUUCAAACUCAAAAACGCAUCAUCAUCAUCAAACAAACAAAAUCUUAAUGAAGCUUCUUCCUCUCAAUUAAACAAACAAAAAAAGAUUGAGAGGUGUUAAGGUUUUGGAAAUGGCUCCAACGAGAAAGUCGAGAAGUGUGAAUAAGCGGUAUGCGGAUUAUGUUGAUGUUUCUCCAAGUAAAAUUUCUGUCAAAAAAUCCGGACAACAGAAGAGGAAGCUUUCUGACAUGUUAGGAUCUCCAUGGACCGAUGAAGAGGUUGAACGCUUCUAUAAAGCUUAUAGGAAGUAUGGUAAAGACUGGAAGAAGGUGGCUUCUGUGGUGCGUACAAGGAACUCAGAAAUGGCCGAGGCUCUGUACACAAUGAAUAGGGCAUAUUUAUCCUUGCCGGAGGGAACAGCUUCUGUGGUUGGGUUCGUUGCUAUGGUGUCUGACCAUUAUAAUGCCAUGGAAGGAAGUGAUAAUGAUAAAGAGGCCAAUGAUUUCCCAAAACCAGUUCAAAAGCCUAAAAAACGUACUCACAGAUUGUUACAACAAAAUGGAGGGGAAGAUCAAAAGCAAUCGAGGCUAGUUUCUUCAAGUGACAGACAUUUGCCACCACUGAAGAUAAGAGAAUCCGAUGGAUGUACUGUUCGGAAAAGGACUCCUCGCUUUCCUGUUAGCCAUUUAUCUAGAAAAGAAAUUAAUGGAAACCCGGUCUCACCGUACAAAAAAAGCCAAAAGCGAGAGGUUGACGAAGUGGCACAUGGUGCUGCAUUGGCAUUAACAGAGGCUUUACAAAGAGGAGGCUCCCCACAAGUUUCUCAAUCACCAUACCACAUGAAAACAACACCCCCAAAGGGCAGGCUAAAAAUUUUGGACACAGCAAGAUCCAAGCUUCAUGGUAAUCUGAUUGAUGAAGACGGUUUUGAGGGCAGCUCAGGAAGUGGAGGAGCUGAUAAUGUUGGUGGAGAAGUUUACCAAAAAGGGAGAAAGUUCUAUGGGCAAAGAGAUGAUAAUGAAUUUGAUGAUGGCGGGGAAGCAUGCAGUGGUACGGGAGAAGGACUUGCUGUCGGUAUUGAGCUUACAGAUGUAAAUAUUGAGCAAUCUUCUUCGCAGGGCAAAAGAAAAAGGAAUAAAAAACUUUUCUUUAGAGAUGAAAGUUCUGGCUUGGACGCGCUGGAAACGUUGGCCAACUUGUCGCUGAUGAUACAAUCUGAUUCACCUGCACUGAAAGAGGAUAAGCCACCUACUGUUCAUAGGAGAUACAAAACUAAAGUGUCAGCUGACAAAGAUAAAGGAUUAAAUGAGUUCCCCAGAUCUGAUGUUUCUAAAUCUGGAAGGUCUAAAUCAGGAAGGGAAUCAAAAGUUGAUUACAAGGCUUUAUCUGAAGGAAAGCAACUGAACCAGUCUACCAAUAAAUCAUGGAAAAGGAAAAACAAGUCAUCGUCAUUUGACGUCCUUGAUGAAGAAGAAAAAAUUGAAAAUAAAGUCAUAUUUGCCAGUGAAGAUAAUGCUCCUUCAAAAAGUUAUAAAUCUACAAGACUUGUUGAAUAUUCUUCUUCAAAUAGUAAUACGUCAAGGACAGGAGCUGACUCAGCAAUAUCGACAGCCCUGAUUCCGACUUCUGAUGGUGUCGAGCUGCCAUCUAAAAGAAGAAAUAAGCGUAAAGUGAUUCCAAAUAGGUUAACUAACCACGAGGAGAUGAAAUCAGCAAAGGUCAAUGUGAAAGAUCAACCAAAUAAAAAGACCAGACCCCAGGAAGGGGCCCACCACUUGAAGGAUAAGGCUUUGCGUCAUCUCUCAUCUCCUAUGGUACGUAGAUGGUCUACCUAUGAGUGGUUCUAUAGUGCAAUUGACUAUCCCUGGUUUGCUAAAAGGGAAUUUGUGGAGUACUUGCAUCACGUUGGAUUAGGGCAUAUUCCAAGACUAACAAAAGUCGAGUGGGGUGUCAUAAGAAGUUCCUUGGGGAAGCCCCGGAGGUUUUCAAGAAAUUUCUUGCGCGAAGAAAGGGAAAAACUUUGGCAAUAUCGGGAUUCUGUAAGGAAACAUUAUACCGAGCUUCGAAGUGGUACGCGGGAAGGGCUACCAACAGACUUGGCUCGCCCAUUGGCAGUAGGGCAACGAGUGAUUGCCAUUCAUCCAGAAUUUAGAGAAGUUUAUGAUGGAUGUGUACUAAAUGUUGAUCAUGACAAGUGUAGGAUUCAGUUUGAUCGCCCUGAUAUAGGGGUGGCAUUUGUCAAGGAUAUUGAUUGUAUGCCCUUAAAUCCGCUCGAAAAUAUGCCUGAAGCUCUGAGGAGAGAGAACAGUGCACUAUAUAGGUUUUCUAUGAACUCUGAAGAGAAAAGGUUGCCACAAUCAGCUACCGGUUUAUUGGUGUUGCAGAGCUCGCGUGACCAUCUUGAACAGAGCCCUGUGAUCCCUUUGGGAAAUAAUCGAGUGGGACAUAUUGGUUCUGGUGCACCUGUUAGAGCUGCAGAAAGUUUUAUUGCACAGCAUGCAACUUAUGCUCCUCCUGGUUCAGUCUCUCAAAUGCAGUCGAGAGAAACUGAUAUACGUGCUCUUUCAGAGCUUACUCGUGCUCUCGAUAAAAAGGAAGCAAUAUUGACAGAGCUUAAGCUUGUAAAUGACGGUCUAAUGAGUCACAAAAAUGAGACAGGCAUCGAUUUAAAGGUAUCUGAAAGCUUCAAAAAGGACUAUGCAAUGGUACUAUUGCAGCUCAAGGAAGCCAGUGACCAGGUUACUUCUGCUCUUGUUAAUUUGAGACAACGUAACACAUACCUAGGAAACCCUUUGCCUCCUUCGCAGAAACCUCAAUCUAGUUCGAGUGACAUUGUCAGCCCUGCUGGUCCUGCUGACAACGCUCCAUCAAAUAAUCAGUUAGCAUCAAAUGUUGUCGAAAUUGUGAAUAAUUCAAGACUUGAAGCACAUAAACUUGUACAUACUGCCAUGCAGGCAAUGUCUAAAAUAAAGGUAGAGCAGAAUGUCCGUUCAACUGUUGCAACAGUUUUGGAUUCUCUUGCUAAAAGAUGCCCAAUUGAAUAUGGGUCAUCAACGAUCCGAUCUUCGGAGCAAGCGAAUGGGGGUGUAUUUAAGCACAAGCUGAAUUCGGCAGUGGACCCUUCAUUAAGCAAUCAAGCAUCAGAUUCCAAGUUACUGCAUGAUUCUAGUGAUACUGAUGCAACCAUCCCGUUUGAGCUUAUCGUCUCCUGCGUUGCCACAUAUCAUAUGAUUCAGAUGUGUACCGAACGACAGUACCCACCAGCGGAUGUGGUUCAGAUGCUAGAUUCUGCAUUUGCAAAUUUGCAUCCACAAUGUCCUCAAAACCUUCCAAUAUUUAGAGAAAUACAAAUGUGCAUGGGAAGAGUUAAAACUCAGAUACUUGCUCUUGUCCCAUCAUAGGCAAGUUUCCAGCUUCCUACCAUGUACCUCCUCUGUUAUUAUUAUUACUUCUAUAUUUUGGGGUAUGCUCGAUUUCUCUAAUAAUUGUUAUAUAGAAGCCAAGUUGUGGAUAUGAUUUAACUUGAGCUUUAGGAAAUUGCCCACAAGUGCUAUUUUGUAAUCAACAAUUUAGCAGUUUGAGGUGUACCGAUUAUAUACUUUCUUCUAUACAAUCAUGCAUUUGCAACAUGUGUAUGGGCAUCUACUAGUUCAGUAGUUUGUUAAACUGCAUAUAACGAUUAAUGAAUUAUAGUUUCUCUUUUA